UAAAGGCAGUUUUCACAGACUAAGGGACACAUAUCUUGGGACCCAAAGGCCAGUAUGGCAGUGAUGAAGGACCCAGGCAAAGCUCCUGGGACACAAGAAGUCAGGACCCUGGCAGAUGAUCUAUCUAUCAGCAAAAAGAAGCAACAGCUAGACUCCAUUGCCGGAACUGCAGUUCUGGAACCUCUAGAUAUCUUCUCAUGGUCUUCAUGGUGCGUAAGAUAGAUCCUUUCUGUGAAAGCAAAGAGAACUACUUGACCAGUCAGUAUUGAGUGAGAGAACUAAGAAGAAGUGCUUCUGAACAACGGUUUGUCGGUGUCAUCUCCCAAGCUCUCCAGCCUGCUGUAGGACUUCACUUCUGACCUAAGGGAAGGACACCAGAAGAAAGCUACUUAAGACAUUCGCAGUUCCCUUGUCAAAGCUAGCCAUGACGAGGACUUCUACGUGCAUAUAUCACUCCCUUGUUUUGAGCUGGUAUAUUUUCAUCAAUUAUUACAUCUUUCAACUAGGACGGGAUCCACAGAAACGCAAAAUCUUUCCAAAUGCCCAGCGGUGGAAGUACUUGACAUUCCUUAAUCUGCUCUUGCAGACCAUUUUCUAUGGGGUCGCCUGCCUAGAAGAUGUGCUGAAAAGAAUUAAAGGGAAAAAAGACAUUAAGUUCAUAACUGCCUUCAGAGACCUGCUUUUCACCACAUUGGCUUUUCCUGUAUCCACAGUGGUAUUUCUGUUAUUCUGGAUCCUCUUUCUCUAUGAUCGAGAAGUUGUUUACCCAAAGUACCUAGAUGAUAUCUUUCCAGUAUGGUUAAAUCAUGCAAUGCACACAUGCGUAUUGCCCUUCUCACUAAUUGAAGUCAUCUUCAGACCAUACUGCUAUCCACUGAAGAAGAAAGGACUCAGCAUUUUGACUAUUGCUUUCCUUGCUUACAUUAGCAGGAUCCUAUGGAUCUACUCUCAGACGGGUACGUGGGUGUAUCCUGUGUUUGCCAAAUUCAGCCCAGUAGGUAUAGCAGUCCUCUUCUCUCUCAGCUACAUCUUUACUACUGGCAUCUACCUACUCGAAGAGAAGCUCAACCACUGGAAAUGGGGUGACAAGAGGCAGCCGAGGAAGAAGAACAAGUAA